AUGAUGCAGAAAGACCACGAAGAGUUCAGUUGCAGCCGAGGCAUCAUCUACGGGCGUUGUGCCCUUUUGCAUAUAUAUAAAGAGAUGGUUCGCAGUGGUCGGAUACGGUGUAAGGGCACCCUAAACGCCGGUUCCACAAUACAAGCAUCUUUUUUCAUUUAUUACACGAUGUUCGCUAGCGAAUUCAAUUUUCAAAACACCGCAAUUAGUUCCAUCAGCGCCACUGUGUCCGGUUCGUCUAGUGGUCAAGUUUGCCGCAGCGAGGUAAUGGAGGUGGUGCUGAACUGCUGGUCACGAGGUGGCUACGGUUUGUUGCUUCAUCGCAAUUCGCCCUCCUGCGGAAGUGAGCAGUCAGCGCUUAUCAUAUGCUACAUCGAAAAAGGGAGUCCUGCUGACAGAUCUGAGGUGCUGCAGGUCGGGGAUCGAGUGCUGGCCAUUAAUGAUUACACAACUAAUGCUGGGACAAGCGACGAAGCAAAUAACUUGCUGAAGCGGCUGAACGGCGCCGUCGUUCUUGUUGUGGAGUUUGACGUCAUUGAAUCUGUUUUACCCAACAGUGGUAUUUUCACAGUGAAGCUUGCAAAACGAAAGCAAAAUCUUGGAGUUAUAAUCUCAAGCAACACUUCAGGUCACAAAGGCGAACCGGUUGUCGUCAGCGACGUCCGAAUUGGAAGUGUUGCUCACCGCUGCGGUUCCAUAUUUCCUGGCGACCAGCUGAUUUCCAUCGACAACAUACCAUUAGACACGUGCACUGUAGAAGAGGCUGUCAGGCUUCUUCAACGCUCGUCGGAUAUUGUAAAGUUGCGAGUAAAAAAGAACUCUUCUUUGGAAGAAGAUGGUUCUUUCGGUCAAACCGUGGUCUAUUCAAUAGAGCUCAAUCGUAAAGGUGGACAACUCGGAAUAACCAUUGCCGGAACAGACGAACGGAACACUCCCAUAUUCAUAUCGCAGUUGGCUCUAGGUGGUCUUGCUGAAAAGACUGGUGCCCUGCAUGUAGGCGACCGCUUGUUGGCUAUUAACGGUCAUUCUCUAAAAGGGAAGCGCGUGUCUGAAGCUAUUGAACUAUUGCAGCAGUCCGCUGAUAUCAUUACGUUGAAAGUGGCCCACUUCGUUUUUGAUCACCCGCGUUUCUGCUACUAUGUACCUAUAGGUUCCGAGGCCCUGAGCCAUCAUUUAUUGGAAUGCGGGUAUAAAUAUGAAAACGUAAGUGAUAAGCUGUGCACCCCUGUUCAGAGCGUCGAUAGCGCUGUUGAAUCGCUCGAUGAAUCACCGAUGCUGGACCUUCGCCAAAUCCUUCCAACUCAAGUGAACAAAGAACCGCUCCUAUCGUUUGUCGCUGUUCCGCCCUCCACCUUCAUGGUUGAACUUCAUAAAGACAAAAUGCACAGUGAUUUCGGCUUUUCAAUUUCGGACAGUCUUGAUCACAAAGGUGUGUACAUUAACAACAUUAGGCCCGCUGGUCCGGCUUCUAAAUGCGGAAACGUAUGCCCUUAUGAUCAUAUAUUACAGGGGCUCAAUGGCGCCGUCGUUCUUGUUAUGGAGUUUGACGUCAUUGGCACAGUUAAACAUUUGUUUUCACCGUUUUUCUUCAGAAAAAAUGUUUUAGAAUCUGUUUUACCCAACAGUAGUAUUUUCACAGUGAAGCUUGCAGAACGAAAGCAAAAUCUUGGAGUUAUAAUCUCAAGCAACACUUCAGGUCACAAAGGCGAACCGGUUGUCGUCAGCGACGUCCGAAUUGGAAGUGUUGCUCACCGCUGCGGUUCCAUAUUUCCUGGCGACCAGCUGAUUUCCAUCGACAACAUACCAUUAGACACGUGCACUGUAGAAGAGGCUGUCAGGCUUCUUCAACGCUCGUCGGAUAUUGUAAAUAAAAAAGAACAGCUCAAUCGUAAAGGUGGACAACUCGGAAUAACCGUCGGCGGAACAGACGAACGGAAAACUCCCAUAUUCAUUUCGCUGUUGGCUCUAAGUGGUCUUGUUGAAAAGACUGGUGCCCUGUAUGUAGGCGACCGCUUGUUGGCUAUCAACGGCCAUUCUCUAGGAGGGGAGCGCGUGUCUGAAGCUAUUGAACUAUUCCAACAGUGCGCUGAUAUCAUUACGUUGAAAGUAAUUCUCUUGAAUGUUGCUCUCUUUUCCUGUAAACGCGAAAUAGUAUCAAAUGUUGAAGUGACUUAAAG